CUAUAAGGCCAGCGCCGGCCGUCGUCGGCCUUUGUGUCUUCCGCUUCCUGCCCGGCCUUUCUAGCUCUGGAGACGGGAAUCGCAAGCAAAUGCUCCUUCGCUCGAGAGAAUAAAUUGGAUUCGUCUCGUCAUAAGGACGCGGUGAAUUGCUCCACAAUCGGGUGGCGAGCAUCACGGCAAUUCUCUGCACAGCUGAGCGUGAGCGUGGAACGAGAGAGUGGGGUUUCAUUGUUCGUAGCCAUGAGGAUCUUCUUGCUGCUGUGCCUGCUGUGUCUCAAUGCACAAUCCGGGUCUGCCAGAUUUGCUCUCAGGAGCCAAGCCACGGCCACGUCUCGAAUGCUGUUUGUGUUUGGAGACUCGUACGCAGACACAGGGAACUCACCGAGAACAGGGAAUGGAUGGAAAUUCCCGUACGGCGAGACCUGGCCGGGCUCGGGUACUGGACGCUACUCGAAUGGGUUCGUACUGACGGACAUACUUGCAUCCGAGGCUCUGCACAUGCCAUCGCCACCCCCUUACGCCCAACUCACCGUGAACUCAACACUGGCCGGAGGCAUCAACUUUGCAGUAGCGGGGAGCGGCGCAGGGUACGCAUACGGAUCACCACCAUUUGCGACGCAGGUGGGAUGGUUUGCGACCAUGGUCAAGGCAGGGUACUUUCAGCGAGAAGCGCUGGCGAGAGCAGUCGUUUUGGUGUCCGUGGCCGGGAACGAUUAUGGCGCCUACAAUGGUUCCACGCUCCAAGGAUAUCUUGCUCUCGCCCAUGACGUGGCGCUGAAGAUUGACCUCGGGGUGCGAGAUCUCUACAGCCUGGGGGCCAGAAACUUCAUGGUGUCCUCCUUGAGCCCGCUUGCUUGCACCCCGGCGCGGACAUUUCCGUCGAAUUACUCAGCUUGCGAAAAGAACGUCACCGUCGACGAGGUGGUGUCGACACACAACUACCUCUUGGGAAACAGGCUGAAAAACAUAACUGCAAAUCUGAACGAUACAAGCAUUGUUUACUUGCAGCAGACCGCAGCGAUGGAGCGCGUUUUGAAAAAUCCAUCUUUGUUCAAUCUCACGGAGGGUAUCCGACCAUGCUGCGUCGGCCUCUGCAGUCAAAUGUUGGCCGGGGUUCCCUUGUUCUCGCUCUGUGAAAAUCCUGACCAGCACAUGUUCUGGGACAACAUUCAUCCCACGCAGGCCGCUUGGAAAGCUGUUGUGAAUCUGUACAUGAACGAUACUGCCUUCACCCAAUUUUCCCCAUCCCUCAAAGAAUGGCUCCACACUCUACCGUAGCAUUAUUAGAUUCGUGAACGAAUUGCUCAAACGUUAUCUGUCAGACAGAUUCCAGCCUCCGGCAUCCUGAAACUUUACAACCAGCGAGAGCUUCCAUACUUCCAGACAUGUUGACAGCUCCUCGAAACCCUUUCCUGUAUUUCGUGUAUUUUAACGCUUAGGUCAGUUCAUGGACGGUUCUCGUUCUAGACGGUUCUCGUUCACGUUAGUUCUGUAGUGCAGGAACCACAUUCGGUUGCUUUCCAACAAACAUCAAAGUAAAGAGAGAUGUACAUCUAAAACUUCUGGCGUGGCAAACUGUUGCGUGCGUUGGCUUCUGCUGUCAUGAGCACUCUCAAUC